ACGCAUCACCUCCAUCCCUUCUCCACCACCUCCCGCAGAAGCUCACUGAUCACCUCAACUCGACACAGAAGCACCGAUAUUUCCACCUGUUCAUCUGUCUGUCUCUCUGUACCUCUGUUUCCCCCCCCUCCUCCUCCUCUUCCUUUCCUCCUCACCCUCCCCCUUCACCUGGUUGAGGGGCACCUGUAGCAGCCAUGAGAGUAGCUACCUGUCUCCUCCUCUCAGUCCUCGUUGGGGUCGCCUUCGCUGCGAGGCUCAACGGACACAGCCAUGGCAACGGCAACGGAAAUGGUAAUGGAAACGGCAACGGAAAUGGCUACAGUUACGGCGUUAAUGGGAAUGGGAACGGUGUGAACGGGAACGGAAAUGGCUACACCAAUGGAAAUGGUGUGAACGGAAAUGGUAACGGCGUGAACGGUAACGGAAAUGGCUACACCAAUGGGAACGGUGUGAACGGAAAUGGAGUCAACGGCAACGGCUUUAACGGAAACGGCAACGGCAACGGCGUUAAUGGAAAUGGCAACGGUUACAGGAAUGGCAACGGCAACGGAGUUAACGGAAAUGGUGGAACAAACGGAUUAACACGAUAUGGACUUCCCAACGGCAACGGUAACGGCAACGGCGUGACCAACGGUAACGGCUACAGGAACGGCAACGGAAACGGAAAUGGCGUGACCAACGGCAACGGUUACAGGAACGGCAACGGAAACGGAAAUGGCGUGACCAACGGCAACGGUAACGGAGUUAACGGAAAUGGUGGAACAAACGGAUUAACACGAUAUGGACUUCCUAAUGGUAAUGGUAACGGCAACGGUAACGGCAACGGCGUGACCAACGGCAACGGUUACAGGAACGGCAACGGUAACGGCAAUGGCGUGACCAACGGUAACGGUUACAGGAACGGCAACGGUAAUGGCAACGGUGUGACCAACGGUAACGGUUACAGGAACGGCAACGGUAAUGGCAACGGUGUGACCAACGGUAACGGUUACAGGAACGGCAACGGAAACGGCAACGGUGUGACUAACGGUAACGGUUACAGGAACGGCAACGGAGUUAACGGAAAUGGUAGAACAAACGGAUUAACAAGAUAUGGACUUCCCAACGGCAAUGGUGCCAACGGCAACGGUAACGGUGUCAACGGAAACGGCUACAGGAACGGCAACGGUAACGGAGUGAACGGCAACGGCUACAGAAACGGCAACGGUAACGGUGUCAACGGCAAUGGCAACGGCAACGGCAACGGUGUCAACGGCAAUGGCAACGGCUACAGAAACGGCAACGGUAACGGUGUCAACGGCAACGGCAACGGCUACAGAAACGGCAACGGUAACGGUGUCAACGGCAACGGCAACGGCUACAGAAACGGCAACGGUAACGGUGUCAACGGCAACGGCUACAGAAACGGCAACGGUAACGGUGUCAACGGUAACGGCAACGGCUACAGAAACGGCAACGGUAACGGUGUCAACGGCAACGGCAACGGCUACAGAAACGGCAACGGUAACGGUGUCAACGGUAACGGUGUCAACGGUAACGGCAACGGCUACAGAAACGGCAACGGUAACGGUGUCAACGGCAACGGUGUCAAUGGUAACGGAAACGGUUACAGGAACGGCAACGGUAACGGUGUCAACGGUAACGGUGUCAACGGCAACGGCAACGGCUACAGAAACGGCAACGGUAACGGUGUCAACGGCAACGGUGUCAAUGGUAACGGAAACGGUUACAGGAACGGCAAUGGCAGAACAAAUGGAUUGACAAGAUAUGGACUUCCCAACGGAAACGGGAACGGAAACGGGAACGGUUAUUCCAACGGCCGCGUCAAUGGUAACGGAUACUCAAAUGGACGUGUCAACGGUAAUGGCAACGGCAAUGGUGUAAACGGCAACGGUUAUUCCAACGGGCGUGUCAACGGCAAUGGGAACGGAGCCAAUGGCAACGGUUACACCAACGGUAACGGCGUCAACGGUAACGGUAACGGCAACGGCGUCAACGGUAACGGUAACGGUUACACCAACGGCAACGGUGUCAACGGUAACGGUGUCAACGGUAAUGGUUACACCAACGGUGUCAAUGGCAACGGAAACGGCAUCAACGGUAAUGGCAACGGUUACACCAACGGCAAUGGUAUCAACGGUAAUGGCAACGGUGUCAACGGUAAUGGCAAUGGUGUCAACGGUAACGGCAACGGUUACACCAACGGAAACGGUAAUGGAGUGAACGGCAACGGUGUCAAUGGCAAUGGUAACGGGAACGGCUACUCGUACAACGCGCCCACCGUGCCCGCCAACCUCUACCGGACCCCGCGAGGUUAAUGCCCUCCCCCCCCCACCUUCUACGACCCUCUGGUGCUGACCCCUGUGAGGAGAACGACCCUCGCCCCCCCACCCCCCCUCCACCCCCGCUCAUCCUACGCCCCUUCCUCCUCUAUCCCUCCACCACACGACCCUUGUACAGACAACAUUAAUAAUAACGGUAACAACAACAGGCGUCAAGGAAAGCAAUGCAGUGUUUUCGUGAACGAAAAAAAAAAAUAACGAAACGAACGAACAAAUGACAAUAUAUAACCAAAAAAAAAAUGGAAAUGAAAAAAAGAAAAAAAUGUUGGUACACAGAUUAACUAAACGUAUUAAAAAAACUAUAAAAAAAGGCUAAGAAACAGAAGGGCACCGAAAUGAGUUUGUACUGAACCCUGCUUAGCUUUCCUUCACAACCUAACCUUCAUUUAAAAGACUAAUAUCUCUUCUUUCCCCUUAAAACACUAUAUGCAAGGUAUUUAUCCAUAUCAACAAUAGCAACCCUUCUAAAAAUACUCCUUCCAGCAAUCUCCAUUCAUUAAUUUCUAUCCUAAGUCCAAGAAAUAGUGUUCAAGAAAGGUUAAAACACCUACGCCUGCUCCAUGACCACCUGUACGUGAUUAGUGCCAGGUGAACUUCUCGGCCCAAGGUGCGGCUGGGCGGCAAGGGUCACGUUCUCCUCAGCCCACAUCGCUCUGUCUCUUCAGCAUCGCUUGUAGCUACUUAAUUUAUUGCUUGAUGUCUCCCCCUCGAGUUUGUCCCCACAACGAAUUGCUGACGAAAAUGUAAUAAAAAGUAAACUGUCCACAA